AUGGGUCUUGGAGUACUGGAUACCAAGGCGGCCCACGUUCCAGGUACCUCCGAUAUCUACGAACAAAACAGCAAUGCGAGCGAUCUAGCACCAGGCACUGCAGGCCUCAAAUGCGACUGGUCGGGCAAGCAGCCAGUCAUCCUCGUCCCCCAGCCAAGUGAUGAUCCCAAUGAUCCAUUGAACUGGCCGCUAUGGCGACGCGACCUCAUCCUCUCCAUCCUAUCAUUCGUGACUGUCCUCUGCACAACUCUCAGCUCCAUUCUAGCUGCAAAUACCGUCACAAUUGCCGACUACGAGAAUAUCACCUUUACAGCUGCUGCUCUGUUGACCGGAUAUCACUUGUGUGGCGUUGGAGUGGCGGGCAUCUUGAUUGUUCCCACGGCGCGAGUCUGGGGUAAACGCCAUCUAUUUCUGAUUGGGCAUGUCUUGAUGACUGUGAGCUGUAUCUGGGCUGGUGCGAGUGGGAGGAAUCAUAGCAGUCUUCUGUGGUCACGGAUCUUCCAGGGUGUUGCAUUGGCGCCGUUUGAAGCAUUGGUUAAUGCCUGCGUGGGAGAUUUAUACUUUGUUCAUGAACGAGGCAAGCGCAUGGCUGUGUCCAAUGUCGCUCUCUUUGGAGCUGCCUUCUUGACUCCUGUUGUGGUAGGAAAGAUCACCAAGACCAUGGGAUGGCAAUGGUCUUUCUAUUUUGUCGCCAUCUUCCUUGGAGCUUCAUUUCCAUUGAUGUUUUUUUUCGUGCCGGAGACUGCUUUCCGACGUCCUGAUUAUCUGAACACGGACUUCAAGUAUCAGGAUGGCCACGGCGAGUCUACCUCAAUCAGCGGAGCGUCGAAUGAUGAGACCAAGGAACUCAGACCGGAAGACAGGAAUGCACUGGGAACAUCGAGGACAGAGGUUCCUGCUCCAAUUCCUGAGAAAGACUCGUUUGUCAAAUCCCUUCGAUUGUUCAAUGGCCGAAAGACAGACGAGAGCUUCUUCAAAUUGCUACUUCGUCCGUUCCCGCUGUUCUUCCAUCCAGGGAUCUUCUGGGCUUGCCUGAUCCAAGGCGUCGUGAUUGGUUGGGCGGUCUUUGUAGGUGUCGUUCUAGCGAUUGUGUUCCUCGGCCCGCCAAUGUGGUUCGAUGAAGACAAAACCGGGUACCUUUACACAGGCGCGUUCAUCGGUGCAAUUGUGGGCCUUGUGCUAUCUGGUUUACUCAGUGAUUCCAUGAACAAGUUGAUGAUCCGCCUGAACCAUGGCAAAUAUGAACCGGAGUUCCGUAUCCUGCUAGUGCUCCCCCAGCUCAUUUUCUGUGGCAUCGGGAUAUACGGUUUCGGAUGGACAGCCAACGAUGUCAUGCACUAUGGGUAUAUACUCCCGGACGUGUUUUUCGCUUUCCUGAUCAUUGGCAUGGUCAUGGGCGCAGUUGCUGCGUCGCUUUAUAUUAUCGAUGCCCACCGGGAAAUGGCCAUCGAGGCCUUCACCUGCAUGCUGGUCUUCAAGAAUCUGUUCAGCUUCGUCCUAACAUUUUACGCCUACAAAUGGUUUGCCCACGGGGGCAUCAAACACACUAUGGUGAUCAUCGGUAGUAUCCAAGUGGGGAUCUGCCUGUUGAGUAUCCCCAUGUAUAUCUUUGGGAAAUGGAACCGCUCGUUCUUUGCGCGUCAUGACAUCCUGGAGAUGUUGCACCUGCGAUAG